UGCAAUCAACGGUGAAUGAAUCACUGCAAAAAUCAGUUUUUUUUUCAAUUGAGAAAAUGGUUAACCAAUUCUUCAGAUCUCAUUGAACAUUUCAAUAUUGAUAUUAAUGUAAAGUCUAGCAUACUCAAUUUAAGCGUAAAUCAAAAUAGUAAAACUAUGGGUGUAUUUUGGAAUGCAUCGUCAGAUACAAUCGAAUAUAAUAUAAGUCAAGAGCUAGGUUACUUAAAGGAAAAUAAAAAUAUUACAAAAAGAUCCAUUCUAUCGGCAAUCAGCCAAUUAUUUGACCCUAUGGGCCUAGUAAGUCCCAUAGUCAUGAAAGCAAAAUUUAUUCUCCAAUUGGUUUGGAAGGAAAAGGAAGAUUGGGAUGAGCCAGUUUAUGAUAAUUUGAGGAAGAAUUGGAUUAAAUUUUUAGUUAAUUUACAAGAGUUAAAAAAUAUAAAAAUCCCGAGGCCUGCUUUGUUGCGAAAUGCACAAUCCUUAGAAAUUCAUUUGUUUGUAGAUGCAUCUGAAAAAGGCUAUGGCGCAUGUGUUUAUAUAAAGAAACAAAUUUCUAGCGGAAUCAGAUGUAAUUUAAUUUGUUUCAAGAGCAAGGUAGCACCUAUUAAGCAAUUGUCAUUGCCUAGACUAGAACUGUGCGCAGCGCUAAUAGGUUCUAAAUUAUUAGCCAAGGUUAAAGGUGCAAUAAAACUUGACUUUCAGAAAACCUUUUGUUGGACCGAUUCACUUGUCACCUAUCAUUGGAUUCAAGGCUCCCCAAACAAAUGGAAAACGUUCAUCGCAAAUAGAGUGUCAAAAAUACAAACUCUAACUCAUAUCAAUGAUUGGCAUCAUGUGAGAUCCAAAGAGAAUCCUGCAGAUUUGAUAUCUAGAGGCGCUAUUGUAAGUGACCUUACAAGAACAAACUUCUGGUUUCAUGGUCCACAUUGGUUAAAGCGCAAUAGUGAUGAAUACCCUUUAAAAAAGAUUACGAUACCUUGAAAGAAGUGCCAGAAGCGAAAAUAGUUUCAAAUAUUGCUCUCGACAAGUCCGAUUUUAUAUUCGAAAGAUUCUCUGAUUUGAAAAAAAUGAUAAGAGUAACUGCAUAUUGUUUGCGAUUCGUGAAUAACGCGAAGAACGCGAAUAAUUAAAUGUUUGGUUGUUUAGGUAUAAGCGAAAUAGAUGAAGCUUUUAAUGUUUUAUUGAGAUUAGCUCAGGCCAAGAAAUUUCUGAUUAAAGGCAAAAAAAAAUGCGUUGAGAGUUCGAGUCCACUCUUAGGUUUGAAUCCUUUUCUUGAUUCAAAAAAUAUUUUGCGAAUUGGAGGUAGAAUUUCUAAUGCAGACUUUGAUUACGACAAAAAGCAUUCAAUCAUUUUGCCAAAGGAUCAUCCAUUAACCAUAAAUAUAAUGUGCGAUGAACAUAGAAAACUUCUUCAUUGCGGACCUCAGCAAUUAUUAUUUAUAAUAAGACAAAAAUACUGGCCUUUAGGCGGUAGAACUAGUGCUCGUAAAAUUGUUCACAAAUGCAUUGAUUGUUUCAAGGCGAAACCUAAAACAUGCGAAUAUAUUAUGGGCAAUUUACCUUCUGAACGACUUUCCCAGGCAUUUCCAUUUUCCUAUGUAGGAUGCGACUACGCUGGUUCUUUCUAUCUUAAGGAUAGUAAGUCUCGGAAGCCGGGAAUAGUGAAGGCAUGGAUUUGUAUAUUUGUGUGCAUGGUGACGAAGGCGGUGCACAUCGAGUUAACAACUGAACUAACAACACAGGCCUUUUUUGCUUGUUUUCGGCGAUUCAUAGCGAGAAGAGGAAAGCCUAACACUAUUAUCUCGGAUAAUGGAACCCAAUUCGUAGGUUCCAAUAAUGAGCUCCUCAGCUUCUUCAAAGAAAACAAUGACCAAAUCAAUAGACAUUUUACCGAUAAAAGGAUAAUUUGGAAAUUCAUUCCACCAAAGGCACCAAAUUUUGGCGGAAUUUGGGAAGCGUGCGUUAAGAGUACGAAACAUCAUUUGAAGCGGGUAAUCAGCGGUUUGAAGAUUUUUCGACCAUAUUGUGCCAAGUAGAAUCUAUACUCAAUUCUCGACCACUUACCCCACUUUCCUCUAAUCCUGAUGAUUUAUCCCCACUCACGCCUGCACAUUUUCUGAUUGGACGACCCCUCACAAGCUUGCCCCAGAACAGUUUUUUAGAGGAUCCAGAUGGCAUUUAUUCUGGAAAAAAUGGAGCGUUGAGUACAUCAAUGGCCUUCAAGUGAGGCAAAAAUGGAAAAGCAACGGCCCCAACCUGUUAACAAAGGGAGCAUUAAUUCUGGUAAAGGAAGACAACCUACCUUCACUCAUGUGGAAAAUGGCCCGCAUAGAAUCGCUUCACGCUGGUAGCGACGGAAUAGAAUAGAAUAGAAUAAUGUUUAUUUUCCCAAAACAAAAUUAACAAAAAAAGUUCUAUACAAUCAGUAAAUAUAGUAUAAACCUAUUAAAAAUAAACAUUUUGUUUCCCACAAAAGUUCAAAACUUGUACGUGGGCAGUACCUAUAGAAAAAAUUUAUAACAAGAAUUUCGUGUACACAAAUAUCCAUAAAGAGAAAAAAAGUAACAAAAAUUACAAUGGUUACCUCAACCAAUUUUCACACAUUUGGAACAGUGAGUAUUAAAUGAAAUUGUUUCUGUUUGUGAACGUAUACCAGAAUGAUGACGGCUUGCUUCGAAUCCAUUUCUUUAUUUUAUUAUUGAACGCUGAUUUUGCCCUAGUAUCCUUAAUGUUCUUUGGGAGUGUAUUAUAAAGUAAAGGUGCCAGGUAAGUAUGUGAUUUUAAACCAAUAGUUUUCUUCGGCAUAGGUAAAGGGAUGUUUGGAGAUCUCAUAUCUUUUCGAUUUUUUGUAGGUACCUGUAGCUGAUGUUGGUGCAUAAGUAGGGCACGGGCGUAUAGUUGACGCACAGUAAACAUGUUUGACAACUCAUAUAGACUUUCUGUUGGAUUUUUCUGGGGAGAACUCUAUGAAGGUUGAAUAAUGGUCGGUCACAGUUGUAUGAAGUAUAGCAGGUUUCCAGUAGCAUUGGGAGAUUCCUAUUGAAUUCUUCUACAGAUGAACUUGGGGAUCUGUAGAUAGCGAUAAUCUGUAUGUUUUUAUUAAGUUUUGUUAAAUUGAUGACUAUUGCUUUCAUUUCUCC